GCUUGUCUUCUCCACUGUGUUGUAGGGAGAGAGAAGAGAGAAACCUGGUGCCACGUGCUGCCAGCACUGACCUGGAGUGGCUGAAACACUGACCGACCCAAACAGCCUGCAGCUUGGCCUCCCACUGUGUGUCCUCCUCAAUGUAGGCUGAUAUGCCCAAGGUGGUCCUGAGUGGUGUGACAGUGGAUUUUCCCUUCCAGCCUUACCAAUGCCAACAGGAGUACAUGACAAAACUCCUAGAAUGUCUCCAGAAGAAAGUGAAUGGCAUCCUGGAAAGCCCCACAGGCACCGGGAAGACGCUCUGCCUUCUUUGCGCCACAUUGGCCUGGCGGGAACAUCUCCGCAAUGCUGUUUCUGCCCAAAAGAUUGCUGAGAGAGUUCAAGGGGAACUCUUUGCCAGCAGGGCCUUGUCAUCCUGGAGUAAUACUACUGCUACCAGCGGAGACUCAAUAGAUUGCUAUGCAGACAUCCCAAAGAUCAUCUACGCUUCCAGAACUCACUCACAGCUAACGCAGGUCAUCAGUGAGCUUCGGAACACUUCCUACCGGCCCAAGGUAUGUGUGCUGGGCUCCCGGGAGCAGCUGUGUAUUCACCCUGAAGUGAAGAAGCAGGAGACUAACCACAUGCAGAUCCAUUUGUGCCGCAAGAAGGUGGCGAGUCGCUCCUGUCAUUUCUACAAUAAUGUGGAAGAGAAAAGCCUGGAGCAAGAGUUGGCUACCCCCAUCCUGGACAUUGAGGACCUCGUCAAGAAUGGAAGCAAACACAAAGUGUGCCCAUACUACCUUUCUCGAAACAUGAAGCAGCAAGCUGACAUCAUCUUUAUGCCAUACAAUUACUUGUUGGAUGCUAAGAGUCGUAAGGCACACAAUAUUGACCUGAAGGGGACAGUUGUGAUCUUUGAUGAAGCUCACAAUGUGGAGAAGAUGUGUGAGGAGUCAGCCUCCUUUGACCUGACUCCCCGUGAUGUGGCUUCAGGCCUGGAGGCCAUCAGCCAGGUCUUGGAGGAGCAAGCCCGCAUGGCUCAGCAGAGCGAACUCCAGCUGGAGUUCGGUGCAGACAUCUCCAGCUCAGGGCUCAGCAUGGGGCUGGAAGACAUCGCAAAGCUGAAGAUGAUCCUGCUUCGCCUGGAGGCGGCUAUUGAUGCUGUCCAGCUGCCCGGGGAUGACAGAGGAGUCACCAAACCUGGAAGCUUUAUCUUCGAGCUGUUUGCUGAAGCCCAGAUAACGUUUCAAACCAAAGGCUGCAUUUUGGAAUCACUGGACCAGAUAAUCCAGCACCUGGCAGGACGUACUGGUGUGUUCACUAACACGGCUGGGCUGCAGAAGCUCAUGGACAUCAUCCAGAUUGUGUUCAACAUGGACCCUCCGGAAGGCAGCCCUGGCUCUCUGGUGGGGCUGGGUAUCUCACAUUCCUAUAAGGUACAUAUACACCUUGAAACCAGCCACCGAAGGGCAGCUAAGCAGUCAGAUCCCUGGAGCACCACUACAUCCAGGAAACAAGGGAAGGUGCUGAGCUACUGGUGCUUCAGUCCCAGCCACAGCAUACGUGAACUGGUCUGUCAAGGAGUCCGCACCCUCAUCCUCACCAGUGGCACACUGGCUCCACUCUCCUCCUUCGCUCUGGAGAUGCAGAUUCCAUUCCCAGUCUGUCUGGAGAACCCACACAUCAUUGACAGGAACCAGCUCUGGGUGGGGGUUAUCCCCCGAGGCCCUGAUGGUGUUCAGCUGAGCUCUGCCUAUGACAAAAGGUUUUCUCAGGAGUGCUUAUCUUCCCUGGGGAAGGCUCUGGGUAACAUCGCUCGUGUGGUGCCCCAUGGUCUUCUGGUGUUCUUCCCUUCCUACCCUGUCAUGGAGAAAAGCCUGGAGUUCUGGCAGGCACAAGGCUUGGCCAAGAAGGUGGAGGCGCUUAAGCCUCUGUUUGUGGAACCCAGGAACAAAGGCAGCUUCUCAGAGGUCAUUGAUGCGUACUACCAGCAAGUUGCCUCCCCUGGGUCUAGUGGGGCCACCUUCUUGGCAGUGUGUCGGGGAAAGGCCAGCGAAGGACUGGACUUUGCAGACAUGAAUGGCCGUGGUGUGAUUGUCACGGGCCUCCCGUAUCCCCCACGCAUGGAUCCCCGUGUUGUCCUUAAGAUGCAGUUCUUGGAUGAGAUGAGAGGUCAGAGUGGGCCUGGAAGCAAGUGCCUCUCUGGUCAGGAGUGGUACCAGCAACAGGCAUCCAGGGCUGUGAACCAGGCUAUUGGGAGGGUUAUCCGACACCGCCAUGACUAUGGGGCCAUCUUCCUGUGUGACCACAGGUUUGCCUAUGCUGACGCCAGGGCCCAGCUGCCCUCCUGGGUGCGCCCCUACCUUCAGGUGUAUGACAGCUUUGGCCACGUCAUCCGAGAUGUGGCCCAAUUCUUCCGUGCUGCUCAGAAAACUAUGCCAUUGCCAGUUCCCAAGGCUGUGACCUCAAGUGUGAAUGAGGGAGAAGCUGCUGUCAAGGAGGCUACGUUGUCCAGGCCCCUCCUCUCCACCAGGAAAGCAAUGAGCUUAGAUGUGCAUGUGCCCAGCCUGAGGCAGAGUCCCAUAGGAUUAUCAGCUGCUGGAGACUCUGAGAGCAGCCUGUGUGUGGAGUAUGAGCAGCCGCCAGUUUCUGCCCAGCAAAGGCCCAUGGGGCUGCUGGCUGCCUUAGAAUACAGCGAGCAGAAGGCUGGGGCGUCUGAGGAGGAGCAGGCACUCAGCUCCUCCACCCUGUCUCUCCGGUGUGAGAAGAGGUUAUCAGUAGAGCAGAAAGGAGGAAGAAGGAAGGUCAGGCUGGUCAGCCAUCCGGAGAAGCCAGUGGCUGGCACACAGGCAGGCAAAGCCAAGAUGUUCAUGGUGGCCGUGAAGCAAACACUGAGCCAAGCCAGCUUUGACACCUUUACCCAGGCCCUGCAGCACUAUAAGGGCUCUGAUGACUUUGAAGCCCUAGUGGCCUCUCUCACUUGCCUCUUUGCUGAAGACCCCAAGAAGCAUACCCUACUUAAAGGCUUCUACCAGUUUGUACGACCCCACCACAAGCAGCAAUUUGAGGACAUCUGCUUCCAACUAACAGGCCAAGGCUGUGGCUGCCAGCCAGGGCACAGUCUUCCCUUCGGAGAGCAAGCACAGUCAACUGUGGACUCCACAGGAAGGAGAGAGCUGGAGUCUAAGCUGACUUUGUCUGAAGGUGUGGAUAGGCAGCUGGACCCUGGCGAGCACCUGAACCAGGGGAGGCCUCACCUGUCUGCUCAUCUACCUUCCAAAGGAGACAUGAACAGCUGUCCAAAAGUGGGAUGUGCAGUAGAAAAACCCGGCCAGCCUGUUGUGAGUGCCUACCUGUCUGAUGUCCAAAAGGCUCUGGGACCUGCAAGCUGCAGCCAGCUUAUGGCAGCUCUGAGGACAUACAAACAGGACGAUGACCUGGAUAAGGUGCUGGCUGUGGUGGCAGCACUGACCACUGAAAAGCCUGAACACUUCUCCUUGCUGCACAAAUUUGGCAUGUUUGUGCGACGCCACCACAAACCCCAGUUCCUACAGACAUGUGCAGACCUAACGGGCCUACCUACCACAGACAAGAGCUUAGAGCCGCCAGCUCCCAGGGAGGAGAGCACAACAUUGCUUUCUGAGCUUACCCAUGAGGACACAAAGCCAGGCCCCUCUGUGUCCAGGAAACCCGAGAAGACGCAGAGUAAGAUCUCAUCCUUCCUCAGACAGAGGCCAAACCAGAGUGUGAGCUCUGAUGGUACCUCAGAGCCCACGCAGCCUCCUCCUGGGCUCCCCCGUGACCACAUGAAGCCCGAGUGCACAUUUGUGUGCCCAGCCUGCGCAACUGAAGACACAGUACUUUUCCAGUGUCCCACCUGCGAGUUCUACCGCUGCUGGGCCUGUUGGCAACUGCAACUCCAGGCCUCUAGACUGUGUCCGGCUUGUGGUGCCGUUAACAGGAAGCGGAGCAUCACACAGGUCAUCUGGCCGAAACCCCAGUGAACACAGAUGGAGACCUUUAUCUGGCUAGACUCAGGCUGACUCUGCAGGUCUCAUAUACUUGGCUAUGCAACGGUAUCUGAAGCUACCUGUGAGAAGUCCUGAAACUUCAA